UUUUUAUUGUAAAUGACCUAUCUGAAUUAAUAUCCCCAAUUCAUGAUAAGGUCAAUUAUUUAAAUAAUAAUAAUAGUUAUUAUUAUUACUAUAAUAACAUUUAUAAUGAUGAAAAUUUUGUAAAUAUAAAUAAUAUGAACAAUUUUAUGACUAAUAAUACCGUAUUAUGUAAUAAUAUGAUAGGGGAUAAAAAUUCUUCAUCAAUUAAUAAUAAUAUAAAUAUAAAUAAUAAUAAUAAUAGAAAACGAUAUAAAAGAUAUGCACAAAAUGACAAUAAUAAUAGUAAUAUUAGUAAUAAUAGACAAAGAAAAAUUAAAAGAAUUAUAAAACGAAAACCAACUACUACUACAACAAUUAAUUCAAAAAUUCUUAGAUCAACAACAGAAACAAUAUUAACAAAUGCUUCACCGUCAACAUCAACAAUUAAUAAAUCAAUAAAAAAUAAUGAAAAUAAUAACAAUAGUAAUUUACGUAAAGGUAAAUCUCGUAGAAUUGUGAUAACUAAAACGAAACAAAAUAAUACUGAUACUAAUAAAGAAAAAUUUGAAAUUGAUGAAUUGAUAGAAGCACCACCAACGACAACAACAAUACGACCAUUACAAAAAAGAAUUACUAUAAAACGACGUGAAUCAGAUCGAUUGAAUAAUGGAACAUCAUCAUUAAAUACUACCAAAAUUAAUAAUAGUAAUAACAAUAAUAGUAAUAAUAAUAAUAACAAUAAUCAAACAAACAAGUUAAUUGUAAAUAAAAGAAUUAUUAAAAAAAAAUUAAAACCGUCAUCGACAUUAAAAUCUAAUAAACAACAACUCAACAAUUAUGAUAAUAAUACGGAAACCUUUCAAUCUACUUUAAUAACAACAACAACUCCAGAAAUAAUUGAUAAUUCAAAAGUUUUACAAUCAUCAUCAGUAUCAUCAAUAAAACCAUCACCAUUAUCAUCAUCAUUAUUAUCAUCAACAAUAAAUAAUCCUAAUAAACUAUACAAUAAUACUAAUAAUAACAACAACAAUAAUGAUAAUAUUAAUGUACCAGCAAUUUCAAUUGAAACAAUUACAAAUUUACGUACAUAUACCUAUAUUGUUGAACGUGUUAACGGUAAUGAACAUUUAAUUGAAUCAUCAAUAAUAAUUAAAACUCAUACAUCGCUAAUGCAUCACACAGCAACUACAUCAAUGAAAUCUUUUGGUUAAAAUUAGGAAUUGAUUGCAAAUAAUAAAAUAAUUGUAUAUCAAGUAAAAAUUAUUAUAUUUUAUAAUAUUAUAAAUAACAUAUACAUAAUAAAUAAUUGAAGAAAUAAAAUUUAGAAGAAAAUUUUAUAAUAUUUAAUUUUAUAACAUACAUAUAUUAUGUAGUACGUGUGUGUAGAAUCGCAGUAAUAAUAAUUAUUUUUUUGUUUAAAACUAUGAAAUCACAACAAUAGAAUUGUUAAAUUCAAUAUUAGAAAGAAAAAACAUUAAAUAUAAUUUGAACUAAUUAAAAAUAAAUAAAAUACCAUGACCUCAAAAAUUUCAAUAAUAAGCUAUGAUGGGAUGUUAAAAAGCAGCAGGGAUGUUAAAAAUCAUUUUGUUAUUCAUCUGAUAACAAUUUUCUUUUUCAUUAUUUCGCCAAAUUAUUUUCAAAUUAUUUGUCAAAAAUAUGACAUUUUAAUCAUUUCAAUUUUUUAUUUAUAUCAAUUUCAAUGUAUGUGAUUUUAAAGGAACAAAUAUAAAACUUAAAUGCAAAUCUAAAUGUCUAUGUGAUUUUAUUCCAGAAUAACAAUAUCGUCUAACAUCAAAAUUAAUGCAAAAUCAUUAUUAGUAGAUUAUUCAGCUAAAUAAAUUGUAGUUGCUGAAUUGCGUUACAAUUGAAUAUUAACUAUUAUUGCAUUUUUAAAGUCACCGAUUGUAUUGCUUAUUAAAAAAUUAAAUUGAAAUUCAAACAUUUGUUUUGAUAUGUACAGACACCCAACAAUAUAGUAGGUAGGCAUACGAUAAUAUUUAAAUUAAACAAAAUAAUAUAUGUAUGUAUAAAGUAAAUUAUUUGAAUAUUUGUGUACAUACUCGAAUUAUGUAUACAUAUAUAUGUGUACAAUAUAUAGAAAAAUAUUAAAAUAUUCACACAUUUCAUUUCGGCAUUAAUUGUAAUAAUAUAAUCGAAAACCAACGACAACGAAAAAAUUUCUUUAAAUAAAAAAAAAUAAAAAAAAAAAAACAACAAAAAACAAAAGAGAAUAGUAAAUAGAGCGAUGAUUUAUGAGCGAGAAGUAGAGAGAUAUAAUUAAUUUUUUUUAAUAUUCUUAAAAAAAACCUACACUAAAAACAAAUUAAAACCAAAUAAAAGAAAAAAACACAGAGAAAAAGAGCAAUACGCACUUGAAUUUUACAAAAGGAGGAUGCUGGGAAAGAACAAAAAUGUACCAAAAAAAAAAAAAACAAGUAACAAAGAAAAAAAAUCUUUAAAUAUCUAGGAUAAUUAAUAAAAAAAAAUUCAUCACCGCUAAAUCAUUAAAGUUUUAUUGAUUUCUCGAGAUAAAGCAAAAAAAUACUUUUAUAAAAACAAAACUGCGGAUUUGUAAAUUUAGUGAAUUUUCCGAACAAAAAUGUAAAAAGUAAAAAUUACUCAUGUUAAAUUUAAUAAAAUAAUAAUUUUAGCUUUUUUUGUACGUGUUAUUUUGUAUAUAUAAAUUUGUACUCAUAUACAGACAUACCCCGAUAUCUGAAUUGUAAUAAAACUGUAUUAAUGCAGUUUAUAAAUGGCAAUCGCUGAAUUCUAUAUAGAUACGGUAUUAUUACAAUUCAGAUGUCAGGGAUAAUAAAUAUGUAUAUAUAUUUAUAUAUGAAAAACAAAUUACAAAUACCUGUAUAUAAUAUAUGUUAUAAUAUUAUGUGUAUGUAGCAUAGAUAUAUAUUCUUGAUUUCGAAAUAGUUUAUCUAGUAUACUUAAUAUAUUACUAAUAUACAAUUCAGCUAAUGAAUUGUAUUUGCUGAAUUGUUUAUUAAUAUUGUAUUAUAAAAUUUUUGGUGUCAAUUAACCUUGAUAUCUAUAAAUUUAAUAAAAUUAAUAAAUUUUGUAAAGUUCUUUUAUACCUUAUUAUAAUGAUUACAAAAAAAAAUACUCGUAAAAUUUUUUUUUUUUGUAUAAUAAUUAGUUAAUCUGUAAAAUUUUGUAUAAUGUUUUUUGUAUAAAUAUUAGAUGUUAAUCAGGGACAAUAUUAUUAUUCCCUGAUUUGAAAAUUGCAAGUUUUAAUCCGCAAAUCAUAUAAGAUGGAUUGUGUAUUAAGACCACCCCGUAUUAUUCAAAAUUUUGAAAUCAGAGAAUAUAUAAAUGUUUUUUUUUUUUUGUAAGCUAUGGGCGUUUACCAAAAUGCAUGAUCUAACAUCAAAGCUUGGCUUAUUCAGCAAUACUGUUUUAAUUACUAAGAAUAAGUCAAUUUGAUGAUAGAUCUGCAUUUUGGUAGACACCCUAUUAUUUUGUGUUUUUGUUUUUUGUUUUAAUGAAAAUUAUUAAAUAAUUAAUUUUGAAAAAAUAUUUUUUAUAUUCGAUAAUAAAAUUAUUAUACUGUAUUUAUAUUUAAUUAUAUAACAAUCAUAUGAUAUAAAUACAUUUACAUGUAUAAUUGCAUUAUAAAAUAUAUAUAUAUACUUAAUAUUUAGGAUUGUAAAAAAAUUGUUUUGUUUUUAAUUAUAAAAGAAAAAAAAAAGAAAAAAAAUAUAUGAAAAUUGUUAAAACUGUCAUAGAAAAUUUAAUUUUAUAUAAUUUUUUAUUUUUUAUUAUAAUUUUUAUUAUUUCUUAGUUUAAAUUAUAAAAAAAAAUUCUGAACUAAUUGUUUAAUAUUUAAAAAAACUAAAAAUAAAUGAGUUAUUUUUUUGAUAGCUUUCUAUUAAGUUUUUCUAAAGAAAGAAAAUUUAAUCACAAAAUUAAUAAAACUGUUGUAUAUACUUAUAGUAACAAGGUUGUAACUCUAUAAAAAAAUGUAUUAUAUACAGCAUCCUCUAUAUAUGGGGAUACCGUAAACACUUUGAGACUUAUCUACUCUAUUAUUACUGAAUUUAAUAUAUUUUUUUUUAAUUAACUUUCAUAUUUCCUAAUUUUACUAAAUUGUAAUCACACGAUAUAAAUACAAAAUUCAGUAAUUGCAACUAUAAGCUGAAUUUUUCAUAAAUAACAUAUAUUACGGCAAUACUGCAUAAAAUAUAUUACUCUAAUAUAUUAUCAAAUAUAUUCUAACAAAAUACUUUUGAUUAGUUCAGAAAUAUCUGAUAUAUAUAUAUAUCUGAAAGGGAUAUAUAUAUAUAUGUAUAUAUACACUGGAUGAUUUAGAAAGGUAUACAACAAUAUAUACCAUUGGUUAGAGUGUCAAAAGUAGGUAACACUUUGUGUACAAAUAAGGAAAGGAAUUUUAUCGAAUUACUUAAGCUUUAAUUAAGAUCUCGGAUUAGAGAAAACUAAAAAAAUAAUAAAAAGAGUAAAAAUUUGCCUUUUCCCAGAGUUCGAAUGCUUGAUAAUCCGAAAGCACAUAAAAUGCAAAAUAAAGUAACAUUUUGAGUUUAAGCCCUUUAUUUGUGCUUUCAGAAAUUCAUUCUUUGUUUGAAGCUCCUAUCUUUUUCGGAGCGAAAGUUAUAAUCACUUGGAUAAGUGGAAAUGUUUAGAAAAUUCGUUAAAAUCCCUGCAAUUUGUAAACCGUUGAGAUUUCGCACCUAUUCCGAAACAAAA